GCUCGGGUUAGCUGGGAGAAACAUCGGGAUAGUGUAGACGGCGAGACAAUGGGAGACGGGGACGUAGGGAAUUGCUUGGUCGAGGGAGAUUUUUUUUGAGGGGGACAAUUGUGGUAGACCGCGAUGCAAGGGGAGAAUGAAAGACGGUGGUAACUGGGGUAGACGUCGAGACGUGUAUUCUAGGGAAUACGGCGAGAGGGGGAGAUGGCAGGGGGAGAGCUACGAAGACCAACAUAUUGUGGAUGAAAGGAAGAGGUACUUGGGGGGUGGGGGGAGGACACGGGAGUUCGGUUGGAUUAAGAGGAAGCGGAAUGAUACAAAGCACUUGUCUAUGGAGGGCCGCUUUGACACGCCAUCCUCCAAGUCACUGCGAGUCAAUGGCUCCCGCAGUCGCAGCUCCAUCGCGUGUGGGGAGGAGCUCCCCCACAUCGGCAACUACCGUCUCCUAAAGACCAUCGGCAAGGGCAACUUUGCCAAGGUGAAGCUGGCAAGACACAUCCUCACCGGCAGAGAGGUGGCCAUCAAAAUAAUUGAUAAAACUCAGCUGAACCCAACAAGUCUUCAAAAGCUCUUCCGAGAAGUCAGGAUAAUGAAGUGUCUGAAUCACCCCAACAUCGUGAAACUCUACGAGGUGAUCGAGACGGAAAAGACGCUGUACCUGGUCAUGGAAUACGCCAGUGGUGGGGAGGUGUUUGACUACCUCGUGGCACACGGGCGCAUGAAGGAGAAGGAGGCACGUGCCAAGUUCCGGCAGAUCGUGUCUGCUGUGCAGUACUGUCACCAGAAGAACAUUGUGCACAGGGAUCUGAAGGCAGAAAACCUUCUCUUGGAUGUGGACAUGCACAUCAAAAUCGCUGACUUUGGCUUCAGCAACGAGUUCACGCUCGUCAACAAGCUGGACACGUUCUGCGGGAGCCCCCCCUACGCCGCGCCAGAGCUCUUCCAGGGCAAGAAGUACGACGGGCCCGAGGUGGACGUCUGGAGCCUCGGAGUCAUCCUCUACACGCUCGUCAGCGGGUCGCUGCCCUUCGACGGCCAGAACCUGAAGGAGUUGCGGGAGAAGGUUCUGCGCGGCAAGUACCGCAUCCCCUUCUACAUGUCCACCGACUGUGAGAAUCUACUCAAGCGCUUCCUGGUGCUCAAUCCAAUCAAGCGGGGAAGCCUAGAGCAAAUCAUGCGCGACAGGUGGAUGAACGUGGGUCACGAGGAGGACGAGCUGAAACCCUACCAGGAGCCCGAGCUUGACAUCAACGAUCAGAAAAGGAUCGAGAUAAUGAUUGGCAUGGGCUACACGAUGGAUGAGAUUGUGGGAUCUCUUUCUGCAAAAAAGUAUGAUGAGAUCAUGGCCACGUACCUUCUGCUGGGAAACAAGAGCCCUGACAGUGGCCGUAACUCAUGGUCGGGGAGCACCCUCUCGCUGCCAAAGCUACGUGGGGGAACAGAGGGCGGAGGUGGGGGCCUGGGCCCCUCCCCCUCUCCCUCCGUUUCUCGAGUGCAACGCAGCGUCACCACCAACCAGAAGAACCGGCAGCGUGCCAACGACAACCCGGGCCUCACGAUCCCCACGUCGACGUCGUACAUCCGGCGCAGCCAGACCAACACGUCAGAGCUGGAGCGCGGCGGCGGCGGCGGCGGCGGCGGCACCGACGGGAGCGCAACGUCGCGGCGCUGGGCCAACUCGAGCGCGUCCACGAGGCGCACGGACCCCGCCACAAGCCCCCUGCUGGGCAAGCAGACGAGUCCCACCAAGACGCCCAGCUCCAACCGCAAGAAGGCGUCCGCCAUACCCACCAGUGAUGCGGCCCCACUGCCCAGCAGCAUCAUCCGGCGCAACACCUACAUCUGCGAGCGCAGCAGCGGCGAGCGCCACCCCUCCACGCACAACGGCAAGGACGCCGGCCCCCCUGUUGCCGCCAUCCCAAGCUCCGGUUCCAUCCCACCCACCACCUCGCGCCCCAUCCGCCAUUACAAAACCGUGUCUCCAGCCACAGCCAGCCGCCCCUCCCGGACCGCCCUGCAACGCAUCGAGGACCGCGAUGCCCCGCCACGAUCAAACUCCGUCCUGGGCCAGCGCAUCCCGGCCAUGUCGCCGUCCACGCACAGCAUCAACAACAACGCGCCGGAGACGGGCUACUUUUCGCGGGGUGUGUCGGCACGCAACACCGUGCACGGGGGCCAGCUGCCCGAGACGGCGCGGAGCGCGGCCUACAACGCGCCGCCGUCACCCUCCCUCUCCCACGACCACGAGGCACUGUCCCAGUCUCGCCGCGGCCCCUCCACCAUCUUCUCCAAGCUCACCUCCAAGUUCAGCCGCAGAGUCACGAUGGACCCUCCCAAGAGCGCCUCCGCGCAUGCCCCUGCCGUGACCAGCACCCCGGGUGCCAAGACCGCCCGUCCACAGCCCGGAGUUAAAGAGCCAGACCUGAAAGUCCAAGUAGCUACAUAUCUGGGAAUUCGAAAGACCAAGUCGAAGAAGCAGGGGCCCAGCCAGCCAACCUCGCCGGGGGUGUGACGCCUGCCCCCCCGCCACCCCCGCCACCCCCGCGCCGCCCGCUCGCUCACCUGCCCGGCUCAGGGCCCCAGCGGGCUUACGGGAUUUGCUUCCGGCUGCCGGCUGUUCACGGGCCAGUCAGUGUUUGGUCUCCUGCCCUGGCUGUCUGGUUACUGGACAUUGACUUGAGGAGAGCCUGGUCGGUCAGCUGGUUUGGUUCCUGAACCCAGGUACCCGGUUUAGUGCUUCUCCUCCCGCUGUGCGCUGUCCUAACACUUGAUGAGCACUUUGUUUUGAGUCUUGGCCUGCCUAGCCAGCUGUAGCUGGCCGGGCUGGCUGGCUUGCUGGUUGUCUGGCUAUCUGUGGUUGGCCCGAGUGGCUGAUGGCUGACUGGUUGGCCGUGCGGAUGGCUGGUUGGCUGACUGGUUGGCUGACUGGUUGGCUGUGCGGAUGACUGGUUGGCUGACUGGUUGGUUGUGCGGAUGGCUGGUUGGCUGUCUGGCUGGGUGGCUGUGCGGUUAGCUGGUUGGCUGACUGGCUGGUUGGUUGUGCGGUUGGCUGGUUUGCUGACCGGCUGGUUUGCUGACCGGCUGGUUUGCUGACCAGCUGGUUUGCUGACCGGCUGGUUUGCUGACCGGCUGGUUUGCUGACCGGCUGGUUUGCUGACCGGCUGGUUUGCUGACCGGCUGACCGGCUGUCCGGCUGGUUGCUUGUGUGGAUGGUUGUGUGGAUGGCUGUCUGGUGUGUGUGUUUGAUGCUCAGCUGCUAUUGUGACUGGCUAGCCGCCUGUCUCAAUAAGUUACCCCCCCCUUCCUAUCCUGGGGAGGGGUGGUGGGGGGGCAGGUUAAAAGCUGAAAAUACUUUUGAUACCAGGGUAGAUUGGCAGAACAAAGGCAGGAUUAAAAAAAGAGAUGUAAAUAUUAUAAGAAUAUGGGGAUUUCAAUCAUUUGUUUGCACAAAGCUGUGAAGUCAUAAACAAAUUUAAAGCAUUUGGAAAGUCUUCCUUAUGAAUAGUGUUUGAGUAGAUAUGAUAAUUAUUGAGACUGACCUAAUGUAUGUGGCUGUAGCUUGUUUGGGUGAGAGGGUGAAGGGGGGGGGGCCCGGGGGUGGUGGUGAGAGCACGCAGCUCGUGAUGUCACAGCGAGAGUGCGAACGCCUUUUAGGACAAGAGGAAGCGCAGCCUCUGUGCCAGUGUUAGGGGGACGGUGCUCAGAGCGGUUCUGUACAUACAGGCGACGCCUGCAAAAGGCAGUUGGAGGCAGGUGCGCACAUUCCAGCACGGAGUCGAGGGUCAGGUGUACGAGUUUAUGCCUAUGCCAAACAGUUGACUUCUUCAAGUUUAACCGAGGAGUCUAAAAAUAGCCAACUUGGGAGAAAAAAUAAAAACUUGAUUCUGUACAUUUCCUGUCUUGGGAGGAAGUUGUGUGUAGUGGGGGGGGGGGGGGUGGCGACCGCGCGUGUCCGUCGUACGCGUGCGUGGGUGGCGGCAAACCGGGGUCGCACGCAGACGAACAACACUUUGCAGCUAUAAACACGCGGAGCAAUGCAAGGAUCCUCCUCCUCUUCUCGGAUGAUCCCCUUUGGCAGUGAAGCUCCACCUUCCUUAUCAACGUCACGUUAACGCUGUCGUGAAAAUCGCACCCACGGUCAAAUCGCUCUGAAAUUUCUCCGGAUCUCGCCAAAGUAUACGGAAGUUAUGAGAGCAGGGUUGAGCCUGGAUUGUAAUGCGGAAGGGAGACUGCCAGGUAAUACCAGGUGUUGUAGGAUUUGGGGCUGGAAAGUUGCUAGGAGGUCGGCCGUACAGAAAAUUGGUUCUCUGGAAUCCUAUCUGUGCGGAUCUGAGUGUGAUCCUUUGUACGCGUAAGUUUUUCCUGGGUAUACCAGUUUUCUCCCGCACGAAGCCAAAACACUCGUUUAUAUAAUUGGCCAAACAUCCCAAUGUAGUGGGACCCUGCUGAAAUACGAGUCAUGAGACUGGUGAGGACUUCCUGGUCCAGGAACAUUUCCAUAAUCAUUGUACAAAGUUACCAGCACGAGACGCGGGGCAGGUGGGGGUGCAUGGGCUGGGUCUCACUGCCAAGUUGACUCUCUGAGCCUUGCCUGGAGGUUCUGUCCUUUGUACUCCUCCCUCCCAUAAGUCCCCAGUCUCAGCUAUCAAACUACUGCUCCCCCUCCCUUCCCCGACUCUACCCACUCCCUCCACCCUGCCCCCCAACCCCCUCCACCCUACCCCCCCCCACACCCCCUCCACCCUGCCCCCCUCCCUUACCCAUGUGCGAUCCCUGCUGGUUUGAGCUCACCCUAAUCAUGUUUUGUGAAAUAUGAAUAUUUGGGGCUGUACAUAAUCCUGUAAUAAUCCUCACAGGUCACUCUGUCAUCUUGUGUAGUUUCAUUGUCUUUACUACUUUUUUGCUUUUCUUUUUCUCAAAAAAAAAGUUUUAAAUGAGUGGCUUGGUUGUCAAUAAAAAAAACUGUAGUUCUUUCAUGUGAACGUGUAAUAAACGUGACGUAAAUUAUGCACUUGCCAAA